AUGUUCGACGUUGUCAAUUCACUGCACGCGGCUGCAACCAAAGACCUGAAUUCACGCCUGGCUAGCUGGUUCUCAGCUCCAAAUUCAUCUUCGAACCUGAAUACUGCGCAGACUAAGCGGCAGCAAGACACUGGAACCUGGCUUUUGGAAAGCCCUAUCUUCCUCAGCUGGAAAGGUGCACCCCAUUCUUUCCUUUGGCUGGAUGGUAAAGCAAGUUGCGGAAAGACUAUCCUGGGCUCUAUUGUGGUUUGUUCUCUGCUCGAUGAUAGCAAUAGCAACGAAACGGUUGCGUAUUUCUACUUCGACUUCCAGGAAAAAGAAAAGCCACUAUUUCAAAACUUUCUGAACUCAUUGCUGGAAUCAAAAAACCUUCACUUCUCCGGUACUAGCCGACCAGAGACUGAGAUUGAAGACGUCUUGUACUCUCUGGCAACGGACAUAAUUCCGUUGGAAGAAAGCGUCGUUGAUGGAGACAUCCUUACAUACGUUCCGUAUCAGCUGCAACAUGAUUUCAAGCUGUUGGAACGGUCGGAGGAGACCCAAAAGGAGAUUCAGAUUGCUCUGUUGAACGGUGCAAAUGGAAUGUUUCGAUGGGGAGUGUGCCAGCUUGAUGCCAUUCGAGUUUGCAUGAGACUUGGUCUUCUCCGAAAAGCUUCACGGAGCCUUCCUAAGACAUUGGAUGAGACUUAUGCUCGUAUAAUGACCAAAGUGCCUAAAGAACACGUCGAAGACGCUGGCAGGAUACUGUCCUACCUGAUACGUGCGUUUGGUCCAGUCACAAUUGAAGAAGAUGCCGAGACUGUUGCAAUUGUCAUUAAAGGAAAACCCUACUGCGACAUUGAGAGCCAGCUUCAAGAGCCCCGUGACGUUCUUACUAUCUGCUCUGGAUUGGUCUCCACGACCGAGUCAUGCUGGAGAAACGAGCGUUGCGGAGGGAAAUUUCACUCGAAGAAGCUCAGAUUGUCACAUUCCUCCGUAAAAGAGUAUCUAUUGUUGGAUCGUUUCUGCCUCAUUUCCGCUCUAUACAGCCAGCGUGACAUGAAAGGCUUUCGGCUUUCUAUGGAGAUAGCGCUCAAAGCGAAGCCCAAUCUAAACACUGAAUUGCUGUCAAUAAUACCAGCGAACCACGGGCACAGCAACUUCGUCAUUCUAGUGCUCUUGACUGGAACUGCGCCAAAUGUUCAGGACGAAGACGGUGUUCCAGCAAUUCAUGGCGCAGCCUUUUCGCCUGCAAACAACACUUAG